UUUAAAACAUAUGUGUAAAGAAAAAACUGUUUGUUUGAAACAUACGAGGCUACGCAAGCAAGCUUCUUUAUGGCGGACAGCUGUCGCCUUGGGCAUUUUUUUGAAGACGUUGGCUUUUAUCUUCAUUGCCAGUUCCACUGCCUGAAGGCAAGACGGAUUGUCAACUGAGAUUGGAAGUCAUCAUUAGGUUUAAUGGAUGAUCCAAACAGGCAUAUGCAUCCUGUACCAGGGGGACAGGUAGGGCUGAUGCAUCAGCCCCCCUAUGGGUUGCCUCCAGUUAAUGUUGGAGUCAAUGUAGGAGUUAACAUGUCAUCACUUGACGGAGGAAAUCCUGAUUCUGAAAAUAUGACUGGCCGGAAGCAGGACAUUGGGGAAAUCUUACAACAGAUUAUGAACAUCACUGACCAGAGUCUCGAUGAAGCACAGGCUCGUAAACAUACUCUUAAUUGCCACCGUAUGAAGCCUGCUUUGUUUUCAGUGCUGUGUGAAAUCAAAGAAAAAACAGUUCUGUCACUCCGUAACACGCAGGAAGAGGAGCCGCCUGAUCCGCAACUUAUGCGCUUGGAUAACAUGCUGAUUGCUGAAGGAGUGGCUGGUCCUGAGAAAGGCGGAGGAGCUGGUGCUGCGGCCAAUGCUUCAGCUGCGGCUUCUCAAAGCGGAUCAAUGUCGGAUUCGGCUAUUGAGCACUCUGACUAUAGAGCAAAGCUAGCACAAAUUCGUCAGAUUUAUCACCAAGAGCUUGAGAAAUAUGAACAGGCGUGCAGUGAAUUUACGACUCAUGUUAUGAAUUUGCUUCGAGAACAAUCCCGCACUCGUCCGAUCACUCCCAAGGAGAUCGAACGAAUGGUUCAGAUCAUUCAUCGCAAAUUUAGCUCAAUCCAAAUGCAGCUAAAACAAAGCACAUGCGAAGCUGUAAUGAUCUUGCGAUCCCGCUUUUUGGAUGCCAGGAGGAAGCGACGUAAUUUUAGCAAACAAGCUUCUGAAAUUUUAAAUGAGUAUUUUUACUCGCACCUAAGCAACCCCUACCCAAGUGAAGAAGCCAAAGAAGAGCUGGCUCGCAAAUGUGGAAUCACCGUUUCACAGGUUUCUAAUUGGUUUGGUAACAAACGAAUUCGCUACAAGAAAAAUAUCGGCAAAGCCCAAGAGGAAGCCAACUUGUAUGCUGCUAAGAAGGCCGCUGGUAGUUCCUCACCAUAUAGCAUGGCUGGAACACCCGGACCGAUGAUGUCACCCCAACCUGGUGGUCCUGAACUAAGGGGUCCUCAGGAUUCCUUGGGUCCUUAUGGGGCUAUGGGACUCAACGGUGGUGAUUUUCCUUCCUCGAUGGGCGGCCAGGGCUAUGGGGAUUCAUCGAUGGGCUACGAUCCAAGUAUGCAUCAAGUGAAUUCACCCUGAAGGACGUCCUUUUUCUCGUAAACAAUCAUUUCUUAAUUUACUAAUUUCAUCUGUUCUUGAUCAUACUGUGCGUUAAGCUAUUUUCGGCUGUUCGAUUAACUCGUUCUAACCCAUCCCGUAUCUUUCUAUUGUCCACUUCCUCUCAGUGCAGCUUUGUUGUUUCGUCUUGAUUGAAAUGUCUGUGUAUCACCCUGGAUCGGUAUUUGUUUUUCUCACUUGUUUCCGAAACCUGUAGUUUCAAUCGCUUUCUGUCGUUGUAAUCUCUAUCGUUUGUUAAGCAACACCAAGAAGUUAACUGAACGCCCUUGAUAUAUCAUCAAACACGCUCUCCAGAUACCCCCAAAAAACGGUCAUCAGUAUUCUCCAAAAUCCACAUCCCUGAACGACGUCUAUGGCUUUUAAACAUAAGAAUUUCCGUAUGAAUUAGUAUUUUUUUAAACUUUUCUUCCGAUACGGUGGCGGAAUCAAAUGCAAUCCUUGGUAUUAAAAUAUUUUGCAGUUCUUCGUCUGUCCAACAAAAAACUGGCGCUUUGUAGCGAAAGCUCAAAAUAUUUCUUUUUCGUUGGCAUAAUUUUUAGACUAUUUUCUACUAAUCCGUGUCUCACUUUUAAAACACUAUAUUCAUCUGUUCAUCGCGCAAAACCUUGCCAUGAAAUUAUGUACAACAAUACAUCCAUUUCUAGGUGUCAA